CAUUUUGUCUAUCAAGUAAAAACGACGCAGAGGGAACUAAAGAUAGGAGGGGGAAUGUAAAGGUACGGGAACAGGGAUGAAUCGAAACAAGAUUGUAAGAAACUUUAUUUCCUCCACCGUUUGCUUUCGUUGCUGUAGCGACACCUGGCUCAAAGAGCAAUAAAAAGUAACGUUUUCCACAAUGCCGUGGAAAGACUAGCUGCCUAAGAGUUAUUCCUCAAAGGCCGCCUAAAUUCUAGCUUGGAUGUGCAGAGUGGCGAGAAAAGUGACGAACGGAGAAAGCUAGAAUUAAAACAUAUUUUAGCGAGGUUGUCUGGCUGUAAAUAAACCGCUAAUUCAGUUGUUUAAACCAAUUUAUUAAACAUUUUAAUAUAAUUAUGAGCGAGCUCUCGGACUCCACGCAGCAGUCUGUAGCGGGAAAGAGAAGCGCAUCCCCUGAUCCAGGUCGCGCGUCCCCGCCGUCCAAGGCUGCGAGAGCGGCCGGGGGUUCCGGGGCCCUAGUGCCUGGCCGUCAUGAUGUGAAGAACAGUGACACUGCAGGGAGAACAGAGACGAAGGAAUCAGGGAAAAGCCCAACACACGGCGAGAAUGGAAGUGCGCCCAUUACAACAAGGAACACUACAGCACUCCCGGAAAGCGGGGACGCGUAUCCAAGCACGAGUAGCAGUAGUGGCGUCGGGCCCUGCACUAGUAGCAGCAGCAGCGGGGACGCGCACCCGCAAACGUUAAGUGAAGCAGGAAACGGGAGUGCAGGAGUCAGGGCGCCCUGCCACUCUCCUCCGCCGGAGCAAUCUGAUUGGGCAGCGAUUGCAGCCGCUGAGGCGCUUGCUAGUCUGACUCGAGUAGGUGAAGAUGAGCGUACGGAACAGGCCCAUACCUCCAGACAAGCCGGGUUUAGAAAGAAAAACCUUAGAAAGAGCAGUAAAAGAGGCUCUCCUGUGGCCAGGGAGCAGAGCCCAACUGCUGGGAAGAGCCUGCUUGCACAGGCAGCAGCUGCAGACAGUUCUACCUCCUCCCCUGAGGGUGGCGCUGUGGACAGUGCUGACAGGCAGAGACUUGGGCUGCUGCUGGGCAGAGAGGAGGAGGAGGAGGAGGGAGAUGGAUUCUUGUCUGGCUUCUCCUCCUCCCAGUCCUCAUCAUUUCCAUCAGAGGAGGAAGCGGAGGACGCGGAGUGCGCCAUCGUGUCGGUGAAAAUGGCGGCAGAGACUCGGCAGUCGGUGGCUUCGCUGGCUCAGGUGCAGGUGCGGCUGGAGGCGCUGGAGAGGAAAUCUGCCCGCCUACACCAGCGCCUGGAACUCAAGUUGUCACAGCAACGGCGCCCCCAUCUGGAGCAGCGCAGCGCGAUCAUCCGUACCAUCCCUGGGUUCUGGGUCACCGCUCUGUUGAAUCAUCCCCUGCUUUCUGCACACAUCGAUGAGAGCGAUGAAGAGGCUCUCAGCUCCAUGAGCCAUCUAGAGGUGGAGUCCCUGAAGAACACGAGGAUGGGCUACAGGAUCUCCUUCCAUUUCAACUGUAACUCGUACUUCCAGAACACCACCAUCUUCAAGGAGUUCCACCUCGGUCUCGGGGGGUCCAUGGCUUCCUUCUCCAGCCCCAUCCUGUGGCAUCGGGGGCAGGACCUCACCUCCCAGGGGGCUUCUGGGAAGGAGAGUGGCAGCUUCUUCUGCUGGUUCAGUGACCACAGCGAGCCAGGGCACGACCAGAUAGCCCAGAUUCUAAAGGAGGACUUGUACAGAAAUCCUCUGAGGUAUUACCUCACACCACUGUGGGAGCCACGCGAGAACGGCAGUGGACACAGGGGAAUGGAUCACAGCUCGGGAAACGAGUGUGUGGUGAUCUCGGACUCUGAGGAAGAUGAGGAUGAGGGCGGGGCCCGCAGGGACGAGGAAGAAGACGCAGACACAGGGUCAGGUGACAGCGAGGACGGCGAGCAGCACGACGAUGACUCCUCUGACAGAGAGGAGGAGGAGGAGGAAGAGGAGGAAGAGCUGGACGUGGAGGAGCUGGACGAAGAGCAAGAGUCCAGCAGCCCCGAGGUCAAAGGGCAAGAGGAGGAGGAGGAGGAGGAGGAGGAGGGCGGGGCCGGGGGCGGAGCCCGGCACUGAACAUCUGAAUAUGUUAAUGAGGAUCGCCAAUAAGCCAUUUUAAGCACUCGUGCUCUCAGAGCCCUCCUCCUUCCCCCUGCUCCCCCCCCCCCCCCCGAGAGAUGGGUCUUCCUCCGCCCCUCCGACUGUAAAACCAUUCCAGCAGUACCCAGAAUGCUGUGCAUUAAACAGCGCUGUAACGACAAGCCAUUCAGCCCUUCCCCGCGAAACACGCCUGUUCAUAAAGAACAGUAGCGCUGACGAUAUCCUAAAGCAGCCCUCUGCUCUCCUCUGUAAGGUCCCGUGUUUGCCCUGGUCACGUGGGGACUCUGCUACUCUGCUGGCCAAUUAGGUGCUUUUCAUGUUUUAGGGUAGGGGUCCCCAGUCUUAUCCAGAAAGGCCCAGU